UAAGGGCAUACAAUGGGGGACAAGGUUGCCAGCUUUUUCUUGCUAUUGCUGGUACUUACCCUCACAAGUGCCUACGAAGUCAAGACAGGUCGAAUCCGUAAUCACGGUCACUACGUCUGCAGCACAUGGGGGAACUUACAUUACAAGACCUUCGAUGGGGAUUUUUAUCAGUAUCCUGGCCUCUGCAGCUAUGAACUGGCUUCACACUGCGGGGAAGCCUACCGUGAAUUCUCUGUGCACGUCAAACAUACCAAUGCCACCGGUCACCCACUCGUUGAAAAGAUUGUUGUAACCAUCAAGGAUGUCAUAGUUGAGAUUAGAAGUAGUCUAGUGGUGGUGAAUGGACAAAUAGCUAAGACUCCUUACUACAGCUAUGGGAUCCUCCUUCACAAGAAUGAUGCCUAUAUCAAGCUGUAUACCAAGAGUGGCCUUACUCUCAUGUGGAAUAAAGAAGAUGCUAUCAUGGUGGAGCUUGACCCCAAAUACAACAAUCAGACGUGUGGUUUGUGUGGAGAUUAUAAUGGCAUACCCUUUUAUAAUGAAUUCAUUGGUGAAAGUUUUCAUCUCACUCCUGUGCAGUUUGGAAACCUGCAGAAUAUCUAUGAUCCAGCUGAGCAUUGUACAAACCCUGAUGAAACACAGAUUGCUGAGACCUCUUUUUGUUCUCAAUAUCGAUCUGUUUGUGAGGAACAUCUUGCACACCCUGCAUUUACAGACUGUCAGUCUCUCCUAAAUACAGAGGCUUAUAUCAAGGCAUGUAUGCUGGACAUGUGCUCCUGCGGCCAAUCACAAGAUGCCUUCUGCCUCUGCAGCACAAUCUCAGAGUUUUCCAGGCAAUGUUCUCAUGCAGGAGGGCGUCCGGGGACCUGGAGGACAGAGAACUUCUGCCCCAAAACCUGCCCAGGGAACAUGAUUUACCAAGAGAGCGGUUCCCCAUGUACAAGCUCGUGUUCCCGCCUUGAGAUACAUAGCCUGUGUGAAGAACAUUUUAUGGAUGGCUGCUUCUGCCCUGAAGGAACUGUACUUGAUGAUCACAAUAACAAAGGAUGUAUACCAUUAAAUCAAUGUCAGUGCAAACAUCAAGGGACACUGUAUAACCCCGGAGCAACAAUACAAAAUGAUUGUAAUGAAUGUAACUGUAUCACAGGGAGAUGGCAAUGCACAAAGAAUUCCUGUCCUAGGGUUUGUUCCAUUGAGGGAGGGGCUCAUUUCAACACUUUUGAUGGAAAGAAGUACACUUUCCAUGGCAACUGUUACUAUGUUCUUUUAAAGGGCCGGAGGAAUGAGUCUCAUGCUCUACUAGGAGAGUUGGCUCCAUGCAGUUCAUCAGCGAGGGAGACCUGCCUUAAGACAGUUAAGAUGCUCACAGAUAACCUGCAAAAUGUUGUGACAUUUAAUGCAGACGGUACUGUAUUGAUGAACGAGCUGGAAAUAAGCUUACCUCAUGUUACAGCAAGCUUUUCUAUUCUUCAACCCACUGAAUCUUACAUCAUUGUACAGUCCAUUUUUGGUGUUGAGCUACAGAUCCAGCUGCUGCCCAAGACACCCAUGAUGCAGCUCUUUAUUAACAUGGAAAGUCCCAUCACGAGUGGCCUGCAAGGCCUUUGUGGCAACUUCAACUACAUGGAAGCAGAUGACUUUACAACAUCUGCUGGACUUGCAGAAGCAACAGCUUCAGCUUUUGCGAAUACAUGGAAGGCCCACCCCACUUGUCCUGAACAGAAAGACUGGCUGGAUGAUCCAUGCAGCCUUAACGUUGAGAGCCAGAAUUAUGGUAACCAUUGGUGCACUCACUUACAACAGCCAGAGUCUCCUUUUGCCAAAUGUCAUUCAACCAUAGACCCAACGGAUUAUAUUAAGACAUGUCAAUAUGAUGUGUGCAACUGCAAGGACAGCGAGGCCUGUAUGUGUGCAAUAAUGUCUUCAUAUGUAAGGGCUUGUGCAGCUAAAGGGAUCAUCUUGUGGGGCUGGAGAUCGGGCAUUUGUGAAGGAGAUGUGAGAUCAUGCCCAUCGUCCCAGAUGUAUUUGUACAACCUCACUACUUGCCAGCCUACUUGCCGUGCCCUGGCAGAAGGAGAAAAGGCCUGUAUGAGUGAUUUCACUCCUGUUGAUGGAUGUGGAUGCCCAGAUGGAGAGUACUUAAAUGAGAAUGACAAGUGUGUGCCAAUAUCCAAGUGUUCCUGCUAUAACAAGGGCACAUACCUUAACCCACAGGAUGUCAUCUAUAUACAGAAUGAGCGCUGUACUUGUCAUAAUGGUAGACUUAUAUGCACAACUCAUACUGAUGACAGUUGCAAAUCUGGGAAAAUCUACUUUGACUGCAACAAGAUACCAGCAGAUGCCUCAGUAACUCCAGUUCACAGAAGCUGCAAGACUCUAACUCUCGACAUGUUCCAGACAGAGUGUAGGUCGGGAUGUGUUUGUCCGGAAGGCUUGCUGGAUGAUGGAAUGGAUGGCUGUGUGCCAGAGGACAGAUGCCCUUGUGUCCACAAUCAAGAACAUCACCAUCAUGGAAAGGAGAUCCAGGUGGACUGCAAUACUUGUUCAUGCAAGAGCGGCAGAUGGAACUGCACCAAUACUGUGUGUUAUGGCACGUGUACAAUCUAUGGGAGCGGCCACUAUGUCACCUUUGAUAACAAGAUCUAUGACUUUGACGGAAACUGUGAAUUUGUAGCUGCCCAGGACUACUGUGGACAACACCAAUCUCAAGGAAAUUUUAGUGUCAUAACAGAGAACAUCCCAUGUGGCACCACUGGAGUAACAUGUUCAAAGUCCAUCAAAGUCUUUCUAGGCAGCACAGAACUAAAACUGGCUGAAAAACAAAUAGAAGAAACACUGGGAGACAGUGCAAAACGUGUAUAUUAUCUUAGUCGUGAGGUGGGCCUUUACCUGGUGAUUGAAGCAAACAAUGGAAUUAUGUUGAUCUGGGACAAAAAGACUACAAUAAUAAUCAAGGUCUCACCUGCAUACAAGGGUAAACUCUGUGGUCUGUGUGGAAAUUUUGAUGGUAACUCCAACAAUGACUUUACAACCAACCACAUGAUGCAAGUCAAUAACGUACUAGAGUUUGGAAACAGCUGGAAAGUCGAUCCUAAAUGCCCUGAUGUGACUCAGGAAAUACACCCUUGUACCUCGACACCGCAUAGGAAAGCAUGGGCAGAGAAGCAGUGUGGCCUCAUCAAGAGUGAUACAUUCAAAACCUGCCAUAGCAAGGUUAACCCAUCUUCAUUUUAUGAAGCCUGUGUUAAUGAUGCCUGCUCAUGUGACACCGGGGGAGACUGUGAGUGCUUCUGUACUGCAGUUGCUGUUUACGCCCAGGAGUGCAACAAGGCAGGGGCCUGUGUCAAUUGGAGAACCCCAGAUAUAUGCCCAAUAUUUUGUGACUACUACAAUCCUAAGGACGAGUGUCAAUGGCACUACUACCCAUGUGGGUUUCAUGACAUACCGACCUGUCGCUCCAUUAACAACAUCUAUAGCAAUGUAACUGUCAAUUAUUUGGAAGGUUGCUAUCCAAGCUGCCCAACUGAUAAACCUAUUUUUGACGAGUUAACACAAUUAUGUGUAACGGAGGACCAAUGUGGCUGCUACAUUAAUGGUACUCACUACCCGCCUGGCGUGCCAGUGCCACCGAAGGAGCCCUGUUAUACAUGCAUGUGUGGACAUGACUCCAAAGUAAACUGCAAUUAUAACCAAUCAGCAUGCGUGUGUGUUAUCAAUGGCACUAUAUAUGAAGAAGGGCAAAUCAUCUCUAAUCAAGAACAGUCAGGAAUCUGCAUUGAAGAGAAAUGUAUCAAUGGAACUAUUCAAGCUAAUGUAACUAUCUGUCUUAGCACAACAGUCGCUACCAUUCCCACAACGUCUCUUACUACUCCUCCAAAGACAUCCACCUCAACAGUUACCACCACACCUCCUAUCCCUUCAACAACUUGUGUUUCUGGAUGGAUUUGCGAGUGGAGCCAAUGGUAUGAUGUUAAUAAGCCACAGGAGGGACCAGAUGGUGGGGAUUUAGAAACAUAUGAUGAAAUAAGGCGACACGGAUUUACGAUCUGUCAAAAACCUGAAGACAUUCAGUGUAGAGCAGCGUCUGCUCCUGAUGUCAGUUUGGAUCAGAUUGGGCAGACUGUCCACUGUGAUGCGUCAUAUGGACUUAUAUGCAGAAAUAGUGAGCAGAAGGAAGAUGCAAGUCUUUGGCAGAGGUGUUUUAACUACGAGAUCAGAGUAAGCUGCUGUGUUUGGGAUUGCUUGUCUACUGCCACCACAACAGUGCCUACUACCACUACAACAGCACCUACUACCACCACAACAGUGCCUACUACCACUACAACAGCACCUACUACCACCACAACAGUGCCUACUACCACCACCACACCGCCUACUACCACCACAACACCUACAACCACUGCUAGUUCUACUGUUGUAACCACUACAACAGAAGAAACUACAACUCCAACACCAACUACAACACUGGAGACAACCACAUCAACCUCUACAUCACCUACUACAACUGAAUCCACAACUACAGAAACAACAUCCACCACUAUGAGCACAACUACUACUACAACUUCAACGCCAGGUUCAUCAACCAGCACUCCCCUGUCAACAAGUACUUCUGUAUCUACAACAUCUUCUCCUACUACAAAAAUUACUUCCAUCACAACUAGUCCAACCUCUGAAUCAACAACAGAAUGUACAACAGAAGUGCCAGAGGAAACAACCCCAAUAACAACUACUACAACCACUUCAAUGAUUACUUCAAGUGAAACCUCAAGAACAACUCUACCAACAACUACUUGUGCCCCAAUAUGCUGGUGGACAGAAUGGUUUGAUGUAUCCUAUCCUGCGUAUGAAACAAACGGUGGUGAUUUUGAAACAUAUGAAAACAUACGAAAGGCAGGAAAAGAAAUAUGUGAAAAACCAGAAAACAUUUCCUGCAGAGCAGAGAGGUUCCCAGAUACCCCACUGGAUCAACUGGGCCAGAAAGUGACAUGUGAAGUAUCUAAUGGGCUCAUCUGCUACAACAAGGACCAGACAGGUUUCCUGCCUGUCUGUUACAAUUAUCAGAUUAGUGUUUACUGCUGUGAACCUGGCUGCACAUCUCCAACUACUCCUACCAGCACAACUACUCCCACCAGCACAACUACUCCUACCAGCACAACAACCACAACUUCAACAUCUACCAGCACAACACAGCCUCCCAGUACUACAACACCUCCUACAACUACUAUUCCAACAAGCACAACUCUGGAAACUACUACUACCACUGUGUCUACAACAACAUCAAUAACAACAACUCCUACACCUUGUGCCCCAAUAUGCUGGUGGACAGAAUGGUUUGAUGUAUCCUAUCCUGCGUAUGAAACAAACGGUGGCGAUUUUGAAACAUAUGAAAACAUACGAAAGGCAGGAAAAGAAAUAUGUGAAAAACCAGAAAACAUUUCCUGCAGAGCAGAGAGGUUCCCAGAUACCCCACUGGAUCAACUGGGCCAGAAAGUGACAUGUGAAGUAUCUAAUGGGCUCACCUGCUACAACAAGGACCAGACAGGUUUCCUGCCUGUCUGUUACAAUUAUCAGAUUAGUGUUUACUGCUGUGAACCUGGCUGCACAUCUCCAACUACUCCUACCAGCACAACUACUCCUACCAGCACAACUACUCCCACCAGCACAACUACUCCUACCAGCACAACAACCACAACUUCAACAUCUACCAGCACAACACAGCCUCCCAGUACUACAACACUUACUACAACUACUAUUCCAACAAGCACAACUCUGGAAACUACUACUACCACUGUGUCUACAACAACAUCAAUAACAACAACUCCUACACCUUGUGCCCCAAUAUGCUGGUGGACAGAAUGGUUUGAUGAAUCCUAUCCUGCGUAUGAAACAAACGGUGGUGAUUUUGAAACAUAUGAAAACAUACGAAAUGCAGGAAAAGAAAUAUGUGAAAAACCAGAAAACAUUUCCUGCAGAGCAGAGAAGUUCCCAGAUACCCCACUGGAUCAACUGGGCCAGAAAGUGACAUGUGAUGUAUCUAAUGGGCUCACCUGCUACAACAAGGACCAGACAGGUUUCCUGCCUGUCUGUUACAAUUAUCAGAUUAGUGUUUACUGCUGUGAACCUGGCUGCACAUCUCCAACUACUCCUACCAGCACAACUACUCCUACCAGCACAACUACUCCUACCAGCACAACUACUCCCACCAGCACAACUACUCCUACCAGCACAACUACUCCUACCAGCACAACUACUCCUACCAGCACAACAACCACAACUUCAACAUCUACUAUUCAUCCGCCUUCAACAACCAGCACAACACAGCCUCCAAGUACUACAACAACUCCUACAACUACUAUUCCAACAAGCACAACCCUGGAAACUACUACUUUGUCUACAACAACAACAACAUCAAUUACAACAACUCCUACCCCAUCUUGUGUAUGCUGGUGGACAGAAUGGUUUGAUGUAUCCUAUCCUUCGUAUGAACCAAGCGGUGGCGAUUUUGAAACAUAUGAAAACAUACGAAAUGCAGGACAUGAAAUAUGUGAAAAACCAGAAAACAUUUCCUGCAGAGCAGAGAGGUUCCCAGAUACCCCACUGGACCAACUGGGCCAGAAAGUGACAUGUGAAGUAUCUAAUGGGCUCACCUGCUACAACAAGGACCAGACAGGUUUCCUGCCUGUCUGUUACAAUUAUCAGAUUAGUGUUUACUGCUGUAACCCACCUGACUGCACAUCUACAACUACUCCUACCAGCACAACUACUCCUACCAGCACAACUACUCCUACCAGCACAACUACUCCCACCAGCACAACUACUCCUACCAGCACAACUACUCCUACCAGCACAACUACUCCUACCAGCACAACUACUCAUACCAGCACAACCACUCCUACCAGCACAACCACUCCUACCAGCACAACUACUCAUACCAGCACAACCACUCCUACCAGCACAACUACUCCUACCAGCACAACUACUCAUACCAGCACAACCACUCCUACCAGCACAACCACUCCUACCAGCACAACCACAACUUCAACAUCUACUUCUCAUCCACCUUCAACAACCAGCACAUCACUGCCUCCCAGUACUACAACUACUACUACUACAACUACUGUUCCAACAAGCACAACCCUGGAAACUACUACUACUCCUUUUUCUACAACAACGUCAGGAACCAUUUAUACUGAAAGCACACCUGUGUCUACAACCACUGCACCUACAACUACACUUGAGACAUCCACAACCCACACAAUACCUACAAGUACAACCCAGGAAACUACUACUUCUGUACCCACAACAACCUCUGGAACAGAGACCUUUACAAGCACAACCACAUCGACAACAACAAAGAAAACAACCACCACUUCAGAAACAACUUCCACCACCCCUGGGCCAACUACUACCAGUGUAAGCUCUACAACUACUGAGACCCUUACUACAACAGAGUGUACUACAGAAGAGACUGAGGAAACAAGCCCCACUACUACCCAUACAACUACCCCCAGGCUCACUACAACUCCCCACACAAUACCUACAAGUACAACCCAGGGAACUACUACCACUACUACUACCACUGUACCUACAACAACCUCUGGAACAGAGACCUAUACAAGCACAACCUCUUCACCAACUACAACAGAGACGACAACGGAGAUAACUACCACUACUUCAAAAACAACUUCCGCCACACCUGGACCCACGACUACCAGUGUAAGCUCUACAACUACUGAGACCCUUACUACAACAGAAUGUACAACAGAAGAAACAGAGGGACCAAGCUCCAUAGCUACCCAUACAACUACUCCAAUAAUAACAACACAAAGUACUACUUCACCGCCUGUCAUAAUUCAUACAUUCUCAACAACUAUAGGAACUCCUCCUACUCAACAAGUUAAAAGUACAACUUCUCCUGUACCUACAACAACCUCUGGAACAGAGACCUUUACAAGCACAACCACUACACCAACUACAACAGAGACGACAACAAAGGAAACAACCACCAAUCCAAAAACAACCUCCUCCACACCUGGACCAACUACUACCAGUGUGAGCCCUACAACUAUUGAGACCCUUACUACAACAGAGUGUACUACAGAAGAGACAGAGGAAAGCCCCACAACUACCCAUACAACUACCCCCAGGCUCACUACAACUCCCCACACAAUACCUACAAGUACACCACAGGGAACUACUACUCCUGUACCCACAACAACCUCUGGAACAGUGACCUUUACAAGCACAACCACUUCACCAACUACAACAGAGACAACAACAACCAGCACUUCAACAGCAACUUCCACCACACCUGAACCAACUACUACCAUUGUAAGCCCUACAACUACUGAGACCCUUACUACAACAAAAGAAACAGAGGGACCAAGCUCCACAACUACCCAUACAACUACAUCAACAUCACAAAGCACUACAUCUGUAACUAUUACUACUUGGCCCUCAACAACUACAACUACAAAAGAGACAACCAGCCCCACUUCUACCUCUACAUUAUCAACACCUUGUGUAUGCUGGUGGACAGAAUGGUUUGAUGAAUCCUAUCCUUCGUAUGAACCAAGCGGUGGCGAAUAUGAAACAUAUGAAAACAUACGAAAUGCAGGAAAAGAAAUAUGUGAAAAACCAGAAAACAUUUCCUGCAGAGCAGAGAAGUUCCCAGAUACCCCACUGGACCAACUGGGCCAGAAAGUGACAUGUGAUGUAUCUAAUGGACUCACCUGCUACAACAAGGACCAGACAGGUUUCCUGCCUGUCUGUUACAAUUAUCAGAUUAGUGUUUACUGCUGUAACCCACCUGGUUGCACAUCUGCAACUACUCCUACCAGCACAACUACUCCCACCAGCACAACCUCUCCUACCAGCACAACUACUCCUACCAGCACAACUACUCCUACCAGCACAACAACCACAACAGAGACUCCCAGUACUACUACAACAACAACUACUACUAUAACUACUGUUCCAACAAGCACAACCCUGGAAACUACUACUACUCCUUUCUCUACAACAACCUCAGGAACCAUUUAUACUGAAAGCACACCUGUGUCUACAACCACUGCACCUACUACUAUACUUGAGACAUCAACCAGCCUCACUACAACUCCCUCCACAAUACGUACAACUACAACCCAGGAAACUACUACUUCUGUACCUACAACUACCUCUGGAACAGAGACCUUUACAAGCACAACCACAUCACCUACUACAACAGAGACAACAACAGAGAAAACAACCACCACUUUAACAACAACUUCCACCCCAUCUGGACCUACUACUACCAGUGUAAGCCAUACAACUACUGAGAGCCUUACUACAACAGAAUGUACAACAGAAGAAACAGAGGAAACAACUCCUGUAAUUGGUACAUUUUCUACAACUCCAGCAACUCCACCUACAGAACCACAACAAGUCUCUACAACAGAGGGAUCUACAACAGCUUCUACUACUACAUCCAAAACAACAACUACUUCUACAAGAGAAACUACAACUUCUACAAGAGAAACUACAACUAUUUCUUCUACAACCACACCAUACACACCCUCUGAAACAACAACAACCAUUUCUCCUACAACAACCACAACAUACACACCCACUGAAACAACAACAACAACCAUUUCUCCUACAACCACAACAUACACACCCACUGAAACAACAACAACAACCAUUUCUCCUACAACCACAACAUACACACCCACUGAAACAACAACAACUACAACAUACACACCCACUGAAACAACAACAACUACAACAUACACACCCACUGAAACAACAACAACCAUUUCUCCUACAACCACAACAUACACACCCACUGAAACAACAACCACAACAUACACACCCACUGAAACAACAACAACAACCAUUUCUCCUACAACUACAACAUACACACCCACUGAAACAACAACAACCACUUCUCCUACAACCACAACAUACACACCCACUGAAACAACAACAACCACUUCUCCUACAACAACAACUAUUUCUCCUACAACCACAACAUACACACCCACUGAAACAACAACAACCACUUCUCCUACAACAACCACACCAUACACACCCUCUGAAACAACAACAACCAUUUCUCCUACAACAACCACAACAUACACACCCACUGAAACAUCAACAACCACUUCUCCUACAACAACCACACCAUACACACCCUCUGAAACAACAACAACCAUUUCUCCUACAACAACCACAACAUACACACCCACUGAAACAUCAACAACCACUUCUCCUACAACCACAACAUACACACCCACUGAAACAACAACAACAACCAUUUCUCCUACAACCACAACAUACACACCCACUGAAACAACAACAACAACUACAACAUACACACCCACUGAAACAACAACAACUACAACAUACACACCCACUGAAACAACAACAACUACAACAUACACACCCACUGAAACAACAACAACCAUUUCUCCUACAACCACAACAUACACACCCACUGAAACAACAACCACAACAUACACACCCACUGAAACAACAACAACAACCAUUUCUCCUACAACUACAACAUACACACCCACUGAAACAACAACAACCACUUCUCCUACAACCACAACAUACACACCCACUGAAACAACAACAACCACUUCUCCUACAACAACAACUAUUUCUCCUACAACCACAACAUACACACCCACUGAAACAACAACAACCACUUCUCCUACAACCACAACAUACACACCCACUGACACAACAACAACGACAACAACCACAACAUACACACCUACUGAAACAACAACAACCAUUUCUCCUACAACAACAACCACUUCUCCUACAACCACAACAUACACACCCACUGAAACAACAACAACCACCUCUCCUACAACCACAACAUACACACCCACUGAAACAACAACAACCACAACAUACACACCUACUGAAACAACAACAACCAUUUCUUCUACAACCACAACAUACACCCCCACUGAAACAACAACAACCACUUCUCCUACAACAACAACAACAACAAUGUCUCCUACAACCACAACAUACACACCCACUGAAACAACAACAACCGCUUCUCCUACAACAACAAUUUCUCCUACAACCACAACAUACACACCCACUGAAACAACAACAACCACUUCUCCUACAACAACAACAACAAUUUCUCCUACAACCACAACAUACACACCCACUGAAACAACAACAACAACCACUUCUCCUACAACCACACCAUACACACCCUCUGAAACAACAACAACCGCUUCUCCUACAACCACAACAUACACACCCACUGAAACAACAACAACCAUUUCUCCUACUACAACAACCACCACUAUUUCUCCUACAACCACAACAUACACACCCACUGAAACAACAACCUUUUCUACAGAGAGUACAACCACUCCUGCUAUUUCUAGCUCCACACCAUGUUUAUGUUUGUAUUCUGACACAACGUAUCAUCCAGGUGAAGAAAUAACUAGUGGCGUUGCCAAUGGAACCUGGUGCUACAAGGUGAUCUGUAGUAAAGAGUGUGAGGUACAGAUAGAACAUUGGUUCUGUGGAUCCUCUACUACAGAAAUACCCAUCACAACUACAGAAUUAAGUACAUCUACUACAUCACAGCCUACAACUCAAGAAACAACUACUCCUACAACCACCAUAGUUACUACAACCUCAGAAACAAUAUCAACAUCACAAUCCACAACUCCAAAAAGUACAACAGUUAUUUCAACUACAACAUCACCACCCUCAUCAACCACAAAAUCAAGCACAACAACAACAAAAUCGACGACAAAAUCAAUAGCAUCCACAACACCACUUGGAUGUCCAUUUGAUCCUUACCGUGAGCACAAUGAAACCUGGAUGCUGUGUAACUGCACCAUGGCCAGAUGCUUGGAAAACAAUGUUGUAGAAAUUAUUGAGUUAAAGUGUGAACCUCCACCUAUGAUUACUUGUGCCAGUGGACGCCCACCAGUUGCUGUGCCUGAUGAAGACCUCUGCUGCUGGCACUGGGAGUGUGAUUGUGUGUGUUCUGGCUGGGGAGACCCUCAUUAUCUCACAUUUGAUGGAUCGUAUUACAGUUACCAAGGGAACUGCACUUAUGUCUUAGUUGAAGAAAUUGAAAAGAAAGUUGAUAACUUUGGUGUAUACAUUGAUAACUACUACUGUGGCGCCUUCGACCGCGUUUCAUGUCCACGUAAUAUCAUUGUGCGUCAUGAAACCCAAGAAAUCCAGAUUUUGGCUAAAACAUUGGCACCUUUAUCUAUACAGGUCCUGGUUAAUGGGGAAGUUGUCGGGGUUCCAUAUAAAAAAUAUGGUGUAAAGAUUUACACAUCUGGUAUCAAUUAUGUGGUGGAAAUACCUGAACUGAAGGCCAAUAUCACCUUUAAUGGAAUGGCAUUUUCAGUUAAGCUGCCCUACAAUCUCUUCGGGGGCAACACCCAAGGACAAUGCGGCACCUGCACCAACAACAGAGCUGAUGACUGCAUGAUGCGCAAUCACACCACCACGUCUAAUUGUGAAGCCAUGGCUGACACAUGGAUUGUGCAUGACCCAAGGAAACCCGAAUGCAUUAGCAAGCCUCUACCACCAACAACUACUCCUUCACCUUCCUGCAAACCUUCUCCUCUGUGUGAACUUAUGAAGAGCCAGGCAUUCAAGGCGUGUCACAGUAUAGUAAAUCAUGAAGACUUCUACCAGGCUUGCAUUUUUGACAGCUGCCACGUACCCCAUUCUAACAUGGAAUGUACCAGCCUGCAGCACUACGCACUGCUCUGCGGAGAUCAGGGAAUAUGUGUUGAUUGGAGAAGCCAAGCUCCAGCCUGUGCCAUUUCCUGCCCAGCAAAUAAGGUCUAUAACGCAUGUGCUCCAGCAGUACCUCAAACCUGCCAAACCACCCCAGAAGAGCAAACACAGAUGAAAGAGGACAAGCGCUUAGUGGAAGGCUGUUUCUGCCCCCAUGGCACCAUGCCAUUCAGCACUGACAAGGAUGUCUGCGUAGCGAGCUGCGGUUGUGUUGGACCAGACAACAUUCCAAGAAAGUAUGGAGAAAUCUUUCAGUUGGACUGCCAGGACUGCGUCUGUAGAGAGGGUGGAAGUGGCAUCUUUUGCCAGGCGCACACCUGCAAGCACACUAAGAAUAUAAGGACAUGUGAUCUGGAAGGAUUUGUGGCUGUGAUCCAGCCUAGCGCUACAGACAAGUGCUGCAAUGAUACCAUAUGCCGAUGUGAUACCAGCCGUUGCUCAAAUGCUUCGCCCAACUGUAGCAUUGGGUAUGAAAUGGUGGGGAGCAUUCCUGAGGGGCACUGCUGCCCUACUUACCAGUGUGUCCCUAAACAAGUCUGUGUGCAUGGCAAUGCUGAAUACCGGCCUGGAUCUCCUGUUCUUUCAGACAAGUGCCAGACAUGUGUGUGUGGGAACAGCAGUACCGGAUUGGAGAUACAAUGCCAGCGUGUUCCCUGCAACAAACAAUGCCCACCUGGCUUCACACUGAGGCAGAGCAUCAACGACUGCUGUGGAGUCUGUGAACAGACCCACUGUGUCUUGAAUUAUGAUGGAGCCUACCAACUUCUGAAUCCUGGGGACACCCUGCCGGCCCAGAAUAAUAACUGCACAGUAUACAGCUGCACAAAGAUUAAGAAUCAGUUUAUCAGCUCCGUCUCAAACAUCUCUUGCCCCCAAUUUUUUGAGGACGACUGUGAACCGGGAACUAUUCAGCUCUUACCCAAUGGCUGCUGCAAAAUAUGUAUUCAAAAGACCAAAGAAUGCAAGAUCCAGCAAUUCUAUGACUAUUUGUCAUACAAUAACUGCAUAUCUCUCCAGCCUAUCCAAAUAUCUCGCUGCGAAGGAACCUGUGAUACAUUUUCCAUGUACUCAGCCAGCGCAGGGGCCAUAUCACAUAAGUGCACUUGCUGCCAAGAGGUGCUGACCAGCCAGAAGACAGUGAACCUCCGGUGUACCAACGGGGCUGUUAUCGCCCAUCAGUACCUCGAUGUAGAACAGUGUAACUGUGUAAACACCAACUGCGGUCCUGCCCAGUCUCAGGACUCGGAACUUAAUGUCCGUUCUCGCAGGGCUUUGAGGAAAAGGAGACAGCUCCAUGGUGGGGAUUAGCCAAUGCCGCAGUCUUAUUUAAACCAAAAAAAUUACUUUUUAACAUAAUAAGGGAUAUCUUGUUUAUUUUCUUCUUUAAAAUAAAGCCCUUUUCUCUUAUUCAUA